AACCAAAAAAAAAACCUAGUGGUGGCAAAAAUAAAAAUAUCGCUCACGGGCCUCGUAUCCAUCGAGUAGUUAAUAUUUUUUCGCAAAUCACCUUGUCCAUCGCCCACUACGACUAAAUCCAUUCCAGUACCGAUAUUUAAACAUAUCGUAGUCUAGUGCGGAUCCCGAUUGUGAUUCUUUUGUGCGCCAAAACCGCGGGGAACAGGAAAAAUAUCCUUUUUUCUUGCGUCAUAUCAUCCGAUAGUUUUCCCGAACACUUCCGUUUUCGCUCUAAGAUCGUCUUACACAUCACCCACUACGACGAAAUAAAAUCCAAUACCGAUAUAUCAAAUAUCGUAGUCUAGUGCUGAUUCCGUUUUCGACUUUUUCGUGCAUUAAAACCACUGCCAAUAAGAAAAUAUCAAUUUUCUUGAGGAAUAUCGUCCGAUAGUCGUGCUCGACAGGAAAACAAUUCCUUGUUGUUCUGCCUCUGGUGUGGUGUCCAUUUCCGCUUUAUCCGCACAGUCCUCAUUUGGCGUUCAUUUGUGCUUCCGCGUGCGGUCCUUCUUAGUAUGCCAACAGGUGUGGAAGACAACAAGAAGUUUUUGGCGGUGCCUACGCCUGGUAGAUCAAGGCCAUCUAGCUCAUCCGUGCCAUCAACGCCGACCUCGGGGACUCAAAGGGCAAGGUCCUUAGGUACUCCAAGGGCUUCCACGAGUGCCACGGCGGCGACGACCAAAUCGGUGCUGUUUCCUUCGCCGAUCACGACUAAGGUGCUUUCGCCUCCAUACCCGCAACUAGUCGAUCCUCGCUCCACACUUCCAAUGGCACAGCCGAUUGUCACCUCCGCACGGGCCAAGUUUGUGGCAGCCAUCGAUAGGCUGACCACCUUGGAGGCACGGCUCACCACUCCAGGGACCGCCACCCCAUCCUCCGCGGUCUCACAGGUCCGUCGUGACCAGCUCAAAAACAUGUGGGCCAAGGUGGAUGCUGAAUUUGAGGCAUGUUCGCUGGCAAUGCUGUGCGAGGCCCCUGAAGACCAAGAGGAAAUUCAGAAAAUGUAUGGCGAGUGCUAUGAGGGCUAUGAGCGGUGCGUGGCGGACCUCAUAGCCCAAAUAGACCGCCCAGACCUCCGACCUCCCGGGCCGCAGACCUCCCAGGGCGGUUGUCGGCUGCCCCCCUGUGACAUUGAAGUUUUCGCAGGGGAUUACGUUCGCUGGCCGACGUUCCGCGACCUAUUCACAGCGAUUUAUAUAAACAAUCCGAGGCUGUCCCCGGUGGAAAAGCUGUACCACCUCACUACUAAAACCCGUGGCGAUCCGAAAGCCAUAGUAGAAAAGUCCCCACUUACCAAUGACGGUUUCGAGGCAGCAUGGUCAGCCCUCCGUAGUCGAUAUGAAAAUAAUCGACUCCUGGUGACCAACCAGAUAAAUAUCCUGCUAUUGCUGCCUCGCGUGGGUUCCGAGACUAGUCGUGCCUUGAAAGAGCUUCAGAGCACCAUUCAAGGUGUUCUAACUGCUCUGGCCCACUCCAAGGUCUGCACAGACAAUUGGGAUAGUAUUCUGGUGACCAUCUGUGCAUCCAAGCUGCCAAAACUGACCCGGGCUCUGUGGGAAGCGUCAGUGACUGACAAGAAGGAAAUGCCUCCAUGGACGGAAAUCGACUCCUUCCUGACACAGCGGUACCUGACGCUAGAGGCCAUGGAGAGCGACCCUUCCCAGGCUAGAAGCGAUCCGCAUCAGCAACCGUCCAAAGGCAGUCAAAAUCCGCAAUCCUCCGGAAGCCACGCCAACCCAUUCCGGUCUCAAGGCAGUCCUCCUCCGAGGAACUUUCACUCCUUCAAGACCCACAUUAAUCCGAAGCAGUGCGAUCUCUGCUCCAAAGAGAAUCAUCCGGUCCGGCUCUGCCCGCACUUCCUCCAAAUGGACGUUGAAGCACGUUCAAGCUGCAUCAAGACGAAGCAGUUGUGCUUAAACUGUUUUGCCCGAGGUCACCAGCUCCGAGAGUGCACCAGCGCCCACAAUUGUUUCACGUGUGGAGCCCGUCACCAUACACUGCUGCAUCGCGGUACUCCUGCCUCCAGUGAGUCGUCCACAUCCGCGCAAAUUUCCAAUUCGUCCGACGCUCAGCCCACCGUGCAAAAUUAUUUCACCUCGGGCACCAGGCCCGUUCUUCUAGGCACGGCAAUAAUUAACAUUUGCCACCUGGGGACAAAUUUCCGCGCCCGCGCUCUAAUCGACUCGGGCUCCGAGGCUACGUUCAUUACGGAACGGCUUUUUAACAUCAUCAAACUACCAUUCCGCCUUAUUCAGGCACAAGUCUCAGGCCUGAGUCAGUCGGUAGCAGCUCAGUCCAAGAAGCUCUGCCACUUUUCCAUUCGUUCCCCGACUAAGCCGGGCUUGCAGUUGAAAGCCGCGGCUUACGUAUUGCCGGAACUAGCAGGCAAUCUCCCGUCAUAUCCAAUUCCGCUAAGUGCGUUGCGAGAUUUGCCGAACCUGCCAUUAGCUGAUCCCACCUUCUAUGAGAGCUCGCAGAUAGAUGUCCUGAUCGGAGCCGAUAUCCUUCCCUCCAUCCUUCUGAGCGGUUCACAGACCGACAUUUGUGGCUCUCUCCUUGGGCAGGAAACGAUUUUCGGGUGGUUGCUUACUGGUCCGGUGCCCAGUGCCCCCCCGAACCGAAUCGCAUCUUUCUCCACACAAGUGUCCAACGUCCUCGAUGCUCCAUUAGACAAGCUCCUCACAAAGUUUUGGGAGGUGGAGGAUCUACCAACCAAGUUAGUAGGAGAGUCCGAUUCCUAUUGUGAAAGCAACUUCCUACAAACCACCACGAGGGCAACAAGCGGAAAAUACAUGGUAACCCUACCAUUCCGCGACCCGGGUCAUCUCGGGUCUGGCCUAGGGUAUUCAAGGUCCAUCGCACUAGCCCAGUUCUUAAGGAACGAGAAUCGGCUGAAGAGAGAUUCGCCGUUGCACGAACAGUACGUUUCCGUAAUCCAAGAAUACUCAGAUCUGGGCCACAUGACAGAGGUCCCUCCGAGCCACGACUCCAACAACUACUAUCUCCCUCACCACGCAGUAAUCAAACCCGAUAGCACUACAACGAAGCUUCGUGUGGUGUUUAACGCAUCCAGCCCAUCCGCGAACGGAACGAGCUUGAAUGACCUCCUUCACGCGGGCCCGGUCCUACAAUCCGAUUUGACCCUUCAGAUUCUGAAAUGGCGCUACUUCCGAUAUGCGUUCAACGCCGACAUCACCAAAAUGUACCGUCAGAUUUGGGUGGAUCCAGAACACACUCGUUUCCAGAGAAUCUUGUUUCGAAACGCAGAGGGGGAAAUUCGUGAUUACGAAUUGAAAACCGUCACCUUUGGCGUCAACUGCGCCCCCUUUCUCGCCAUUCGAGUCCUUCAACAGCUUUCCAACGACGUCCAAUCGCAAUUCCCCAGGGCUAGUCAUAUCAUUCGGCACUUUAUGUACGUCGACGAUGUCCUCGCCGGCGCUGACUCCACACAGGAGGCUCAGCUAGCCAUCCGCGAAUUACAGGCCGCCCUCAGUUCGGCAGGUUUUCCGCUACGAAAGUGGACAGCCAACCACAAGGACGUAUUGGCCGAGAUUCCGAGUGACCACCUCCUCCACACUGAUUUCCUGGAGAUUGACGCACAGAGCACGGCAAAGACCCUCGGCAUUCGCUGGAAAGCGACCUCCGACGAGUUCUUCUUUGUUCCUCCGGUGCUCUCGCUUGAGUCAUCCUACACCAAGCGAGAAGUCCUCUCGCAGAUAGCGAAACUGUUUGAUCCUGCAGGGUGGCUGGCACCGUUCAUCGUCCGCUCCAAGAUCUUCAUGCAGGAAAUUUGGUUGCAGGAACUGGAGUGGGAUGAGAACCUUCCGAACGAACUGUGUCAAUACUGGCAAGCCUUCCUGCGUAGUUACUCCUGUCUCACCAAGAUCCGUAUCCCAAGGUGGAUUGGUUCCCAGCCAUCCGUUAAGGUGGAGCACCAUGGGUUCUGUGAUGCCUCAGAAAAGGCUUACGGCGCCGCGAUUUAUGUUCGCGUUGAGAUGGGCCAGCGUAUCGACGUGCAUCUACUGGCAGCGAAGACACGAGUUGCGCCCGUAAAAACCGUAUCGCUUCCCCGGUUAGAGCUGUGCGGGGCCGUGCUUCUAGCCGAAAUGGCGACGGCUAUCCUGCCAAGUAUGCCGACGACAGGGUCUACCUGUUACUACUGGACAGAUUCCACAAUCGUUCUCGCCUGGUUGAACAAGCCUGCAUGCCAUUGGACCACCUUCGUGGCCAAUCGAGUGACGAAAAUCGCUCAAACCACCGAGACCCAAAAGUGGUCUCAUGUGCGCUCCGAGCACAACCCGGCGGAUUUAGCCAGUCGGGGGGUUCCUCUACAGGAUCUGGUUGACAACCAUCUCUGGUGGCAUGGGCCCUCGUGGUUACAGCAACCACGCUCUCAAUGGCCGCUCCAAGAUCAGGAAACCCCCGUCAUAGACCUCGAGCAGCGGGCUGUGAAAGUCCAUUUCACAACCAGCCCACCCGAAGACUUCCUCGAGCGAUUCUCCACGCUUGAAAAAGCUCUACGAGUCCGCGCGUACGUCCUGCGUUUCCUAAAGCGCUGCCGAAAACUACCGUACGCACAGGAGAUCCAUCCUACAAGCGGGGAAAUUAACGAGGCUGAACGAACUCUUAUCCUAGAAACUCAGCGCCGAGAAUAUUCUCAAGAGUAUCACUCCUUACGUGAGAAGCGUCCAGUGCCUCGAUCAAGUUCUAUCCUGAAUUUGAAUCCGUUUAUGGAUCAACAUGGGGUCAUACGCUCCUGCGGCCGUGUAUCUACGGCGCAAGGGCUGAAGUAUGACGAGCGACAUCCCAUAAUUCUUCCGUAUAACUGUCGUUUGUCGCGACUCCUCACGCAGUUCACACACCGGAUCACUCUUCACGGGGGCAGCCAAUUGAUGGUGCGACUUAUCCGAUCCAAGUAUUGGAUUCCACGGAUUCAGAAGCUGAUGAAGGGUGUCGUGAACUCUUGCAAAGUGUGCCUUAUCCACAAAAGGAAGUUGCAAACUCAACUGAUGGGGGAUCUCCCCAGGGAGCGAACUUCAUUCUCCCGACCGUUCACGCACACCGGAAUUGACUACGCCGGUCCCUUCGAAAUCCGCAACUACACAGGGCGGGCGUGCCUUAUUACCAAGGGGUAUGUGUGCGUGUUCGUGUGUUUCUCCACGAAGGCUAUUCAUUUGGAGCCUACGUCCGACCUCACCACCGAGAAAUUUCUCGCUGCCUUCGCGCGGUUCGUCGCGAGACGAGGCUGUCCACAGAGUAUCCACUCCGAUAACGGCAAGACCUUUGUGGGCGCAGCCACAGUACUGGCCCGUGAUUUCCUAGAAGCAUUUAAGGACUCUGUGAUUGAUGCGUAUAGUCACCAAAGGGUCUCGUGGAAAUUCAUCCCACCAGGGGCCCCACAUAUGGGGGGACUUUGGGAAGCCGGAGUGAAGAGCUUCAAAACCCUGUUCUAUAAGGCCACGUCCACUCGUAGAUACACCUUCGAGGAGCUCUCCACGCUUCUCUCGAAAAUAGAGGCGUGCCUUAAUUCCAGACCGCUCUCGCCUAUGUCCGAAGAUCCGACGGAGUUACUGGCCCUAACUCCCGGGCAUUUCCUUACGGGGGGACCCUUAAUGGCGACGGCGGAGCCAGAAGUUAAGGGUGACCUCACCUCGAUCAUAAAUCGAUGGCAACAUCUGAAGGCACUCAACCAACAGUUCUGUCGUAGGUGGAAAGAGGAAUACCUCAAGGAACUCCACAAGCGGACCAAAUGGCAAACGCCCACGCCCAAUCUGCAGAUUGGUGAUAUGGUCGUCGUCAAGGAAGACAACUUGCCGUCUAAUGAAUGGCGUCUCGGACGAAUCCAUUCCGUGUACCCCGGCGCCGACGAUCGGGUCCGUGUAGUCGACAUCCUCACUGCACGGGGGGUCCUCAAAAGGCCCGUCGCAAAGGUCGUUCUUCUGUCCGUAGAACCUCCUCGCUCCAUCCAACAUUAACGAAGAGCGUGCGCGUCCCCCGCUUCCUAUCCCGUUACUAACCCGUCUCCUAUUCUUUGUCUUCUUCUUUCGCCAUAGUUUCC